AUGUUUAGCCUUUGCUUCGCUCAGACAAGAAAAGAAACAACGUGGAGUCCCGGCUCUUCAAUCUCGAAGCGACUUGUGGAGCUCUACAUCCCAGCUCCCGAGGAUACCACCCGCGAGGCGUCAUUCCGAUGGCACAUAGCAACGCGAAACUUCUUCGCAUUCGUUCUCGGAAAACCGCUGGUGGGGGAUCAUCUGGGACAGGCAAUGAUCGAUCUGCAAGAGCGAAUGCGCCUUUUCCGACCCGGACGAGUAGAUAACCACCAGGAUUUCCUAAACUACGUAGAUGCUCAAGGCUAUCGAAAUUUCGUUGAUUUUCCCGACUAUGCUCUCGCUAUGCUUUACUACGCUGAGCACUACAAGCUCCGGGACGCUUGGAUCGACGCAUUUGCGCACUGUGUGGGCAUGAACGAGAAGCUCGUCCUCAGUCCUGAGUUCUCGCAUCGCCUGACUGGCGUGAUCACUCAAACCUCCGUUCCCGUUCCUUCUCAAUCUCGCCUGACGAAGGCUUUGAUCACUCGAGCGUAUCUGGAAAUCGAAAUUGAGCUAGGUCGAUCUACAUCGGCUGUGCGCAAUUUUCUGGACGACGACCUCUCAUCAGCAUAUCUGGGACUCACCAGUGGAGCCCGGAAUCAUCUGGAUCGAUUCAGAUCGUUCUUGCAUAGCUUCUACGUUGACAAAUUUGGUUACUGGCCUCCACCUAAAGGGACGACAUUCUCCAAGGCGCUAUUUCGAUCUUUAUACUUCGAUUUCAAGAACUUGUACGAUUAUAUUGUUGACUCCGAGUCAACGGCAGAUUUGGCGUCCCAAAAGCUGGCAAGCGGUGGCAUAUGCGUCCUGCAGAAUGUCGACUCGUUCGAUAAAAGGCACAGAUUCCCGCCUCUGCCGCAUCCACUACCACUGCUACCGUCUGAGGUAUCAUCUUCCAGGACGAGAACAAAGUCGCAGAAAACAUUCAAAUCGAUGACAUUGGGGACUAAGCAGGGCAAGGAUGAGCGUUAUCUGAGCGCUCGAGCUGCUCUCAUCAUGGCGACAAAUGGGGAGAGCGAGGCCCCAGUCGUUCAAGCCUACAUGCGCUUUGAGAGACAAUGCGUCAUUAGCAGUUCGGAAGAAAAGACCUCUAUGGCAGAUGCUCGCAAAGUCAGAUGGCUUCUGAUUUACGGUACUCUACAAUAUCUGGUCGCCGCACUUCGUGCUCCUACCGAGGUCCGCGAUACUGAAGGCCCCAAUUACCACCUUUGCUGCCUUGUCACUGAAUCUGCGCAAUGGCACACGGCAAUGACUCCUUCGUCUCUCUCCAGUACCCAUUUGGAUGCGAAUCCUAUUGACAAGUACAUAGCUGAACUACAUGGCUCACCUUUCGAGGCGGGUGCUCCUGUAACAAGACUCUCGACCAUCGAGCCGGACUGCCAGAAUUGCGACUACUUGCAACACACUAAUACCGACCCCAAUAGUAGACGAGUCUCCAUAGAGAUUCCUGCACCUUUGAAGAUUUCACAAUCUUCUCGACCCUCAUCCAUCCGUUCGCGCAGGCGACUUUCGUUGCCCAGCUUAAGGUCGAGUCAGAACAGCAUAAGCCUCAAACCGCAAACACACUGCGAAAUCCUUGUUCAUGGCUAUGGCAACGGGCUGAAUGACACAUUGGUCGAUGCACCUCCGGAGGUGCCAUCGCGAGUCCCGUCGCGAACCUCGACCCUAAACGCUGGUCUCACAAAGCGUCCGUCACAAGCUACAAUAGGACCAGAGACUUCCUGGCUGAGGCCAUCCACACCAGAGCCAAAACCCCGUUGUUGCAGUCAGCGCCCAGGUGAGGUGGGGCCCUGUUGCAUCGCCAUUAUGGACCCGUUACGGUCGCGCCAGGAAAAGGCUGUGGAGUGGUUGAUGUAUCCUCUCCUAAUCGAUGACUUCGCCACUUCAGUCACACCGCACACACCUCCAAAACUUACGAGUUCCCCCGACAGCACCUCGUCUCACUGGUGGAGCGAUGGUGCAAGCUCUGCGUCAUCGUUGUCAAGCACCUACGACGAACAGAUCGAGCCCAAGGUCAAUCCUGCUGAGGAGAGUGGGCUGUUGGGUGGUCUUGUAUCUAUCGUCAUCCCAACGCUGGCCUCUUCGCCGGUCACACCUGUCAGACGCAGCUCGUUACCUUUCAUCUUCAACAAACACCCAUCAGCAGCUGAGACAUUACCUGCACGAACAGUGGACGAUCACUCAGGUAUUGGUAUUGCUAUUACGGCUCCACAUCUUUCGGAGAAAAACGUCCGGUCCUUGGCGACUGUUUCAAAGGCCUCGGACAACAAGCUCAUAGCUAGGAAGACUAGCACACGAAUCAGCACAUCCAUUAGUCGACGUUCGCCGUCUUUCAGGCGGAUAGUGGACCUACCCCUCUCCUCGACGUCGGCACUCGAGAAGGCUCCAAGUUCAUCGGACGAGGACCCACCGUUCGUUACGAAAAUCAAGACCAGUCCUAGGAAAAGCAGCAAGGCUGAGACAACGCAGGUUGUUGGAGAUGCGGAAGGAACACGCAAAAAGGAGAGGAGGUUGAGUUUCUGGAAACGGUGA